CUUUCAAGGAACCAGUACUACUGAAGUUCCACCCGUUCGAUCCCUACGUUCAUUCACUCAUACAAUAGUAGUACAAAGUAGAAGGGAGCUCGCUCUCGUUGGAAAAAUGGAGCUGCCAAGCACAGGCCGGGUAGAGUCUAGCAGGAACUUGGAACUUGGAUCUGGAUAAAUGUCCCUAGUCUAAGCUGAGCCUCGAACGUGAAACUUGUGGACGGAAUUGCUCUGCUAUGUUGCCGAGCUGUUCUCGUGCUCGGAUAUCUAUUUAUGACGGCCAAAUCGAGAGGAGGAUUGAGUCCUUGCCAAUAGCCAAUGUCUGGUCCCAAUGACUUUUUCGACACUCUAGAAGCUCCUUGUGUUGAACCGCAGGGCGAAAUGUCCUCCUUGUCAUCAUCCUCAUCAAUGGCUGCGGAACAGAUGAUGGUGGAUCCGGGGGGGAAUGCCAGUGAUGUCAUUGGAUACGCCCAAGAUUUCGGAUAUUCCAAGGGAGGUCGGACCAAGUUUUCCGAUAUCCCCGUCAAGGAUGUGGUGAUAGUGUUCUUCAUGUUGGCCCUUUGGCUGUAUUCUAUUAUGCUCAUCGUCCGGGCUUGGGCCAAGAUCCAUGUUCUGCCGGAUUCAGCCAACAAUAUUGGAGGAAACAUGUGGAAAUUUGUGAUGGAAUAUCUUCAGAAGAAGAGGAAAGGCGCGAAUGGAAGUCUCAAUGACACGAAAAGCAAUCCCAGAACGAGUAUUUCCUCUUCGAAAAGGGAGGACUCGAUGAUUCCAUUCACAGAGGGACAAGUGCCUAGUCACCCGGACAAGUGUAUCAUUCAAAUGGAGGAGACACACCUGGGAGCAGAAAAGGAACGAAAGGAGUCAAUAGACUCGGUUACGAAUGGAACUUGUUUCCCAAUUCAAAGGGAGGAUCUGACGAGCUUCCAAGUGUCCAUUCACUCUCAGGAGAGGGAAGAAGAGGAUUCUUACUCACAUCAGGCUAUCUAUCCACACCCUGUGGCCCAAGAUCCAGAAGGAAUCUCUAUCGAGGCUGUUUCAUCGGAUGAGGCCAAUACAAUAACCGAUAAAGGGAUCAUAAUCAAUUUCAAUCAAGACGGGACAGGAUGUAGUGGUCACCCGGAACUGCCUGAACCAUACUCAAACCCCAGAGCAGAGCCGGAAGAAACGGACACAAUCAAGGCCCGGGAGCUUGCACAGAACCCUGGGCCUCAAACAGAGCCUUUCUGUGGCGGCGGGCACAAAUCAGGAUCCAGGCUACUGAAGCACACGUGUUCCAAUCCUUCCUUCAGUGUGUCUAAAGAUUUUGAAAUUAGCCCUGAACUGGUGGAGCGUCUCACAUCCCAUGAAGUGGUCAAUUUCCAUUCCAACCCUUCUGACAAUACCUCGCACAAUCCAUCCCUUCCCUACGAGACCACCAUGUGAUUUGGAGGGUGUAUGCAGCUUUUCAAUAUAUUUUCCCGUCACCCUGAAAAUACU